AUGCAAGCACCAGUUGUAUAUUUAAACACAUCAACUCAAAGACAAACUGGUAGACAGGCUCAAGUUGCAAAUAUAACUGCAGCAAAAGCAGUUGCUGAUAUUAUUAGAACUUGUUUGGGUCCGAAAGCAAUGUUGAAAAUGUUAUUAGAUCCAAUGGGUGGUAUUGUAUUAACAAAUGAUGGACACGCUAUCCUUAGAGAAAUUGAUGUUUCUCAUCCUGCUGCUAAAUCAAUGAUUGAAUUAAGUAGAACCCAAGAUGAAGAAGUUGGUGAUGGUACAACAACAGUUAUAAUUUUAGCUGCUGAAAUUUUGGCGCAAACUUUUCCAUAUAUUCAAGAAAAGAAAAUUCAUCCAGUAAUUAUAAUUAAAGCAUUAAAACAAGCAUUAAAAGACUCCCUUGAAGUCAUUCAUGAAAUUAGUAAACCUAUAGAUUUAAAUAAUGAUGAAGCAAUGUUAAAAAUUAUCCAAGCUUCUAUUGGCACUAAAUAUAUUAAUAAAUGGAGUGAGAAAAUGUGUGAAUUAAGUUUAAAAGCAGUUCGAAAUGUAAUUGUAGAAAAAGGAAAUGGAGAAAAAGAAAUUGAUAUUAAAAGAUAUAUUAGAAUUGAAAAAAUUCCAGGUGGUGAAAUUACCGAUUCAGAAGUUUUAGAUGGUAUUUUAUUAAAUAAAGAUGUAGUUCAUCCAAAAAUGAAAAGAAAAAUUGAAAAUCCAAGAAUAAUUCUUCUUGAUUGUCCGUUGGAGUAUAAAAAAGGUGAAUCUCAAACAAAUAUAGAAAUUACUAAACAAGAAGAUUGGAAUAGAAUUUUACAAAUUGAAGAAGAACAAGUUAAACAAAUGUGUGAUCAAUUAUUAGAAUUUAAACCUGAUUUAGUCAUUACUGAAAAAGGUGUUUCUGAUUUAGCUCAACAUUAUUUAUUAAAAGGUGGUUGUGCAGCAUUAAGAAGAGUAAAGAAAUCAGAUAAUAAUAGAAUCGCAAGAGCCACUGGUGCUACAAUAGUUAAUAGAAUUGAAGAUUUAAAAGAAAGUGAUAUUGGUGUAAACUGUCAUGAAUUUAAAGUUGAAUUAAUUGGUGAUGAAUAUUUUUCAUAUUUAUAUAAAUGUGAUUCACCAAAAGCUUGUACAAUUAUAUUAAGAGGUGCUUCAAAAGAUAUAUUGAAUGAAAUUGAAAGAAAUUUACAUGAUGCAAUGUCAGUUACAAGAAAUGUAAUGUUUGAACCAAGUUUAUCCCCAGGUGGAGGUGCUAUUGAAAUGGCAUGUAGUGUUAAAUUAUCCGAGAAAGCUAAAAAAAUAGAAGGUAUUGAACAAUAUCCUUAUCAAGCUGUAGCUGAUGCUUUUGAAGUCAUACCUAGAACUUUAAUUCAAAAUUGUGGUGGUAAGCCAAUUAAAAUAUUAUCUCAAUUAAGAGCAAAACAAGCCGCAGGUAAUUUUACAUUUGGUAUUGAUGGUAUUGAUGGUAAAGUUGUCAAUAUGGAAGAUUAUGGUAUUUGGGAACCAGAAGUAAUUAAACAACAAAGUAUAAAAACUGCAAUUGAAAGUGCUUGUUUAUUAUUAAGAGUUGAUGAUAUCGUAAGUGGAGUUAGACAAAAUUGA